UAAGCAAAAUAUUAUUUUACUGUAGUUUUACAGGUAAACAACAUGCUGGAUUUUUUUAAUUAAUGUACAAUAGUCUUGGCUACAUAAUUUUUUAAAAUUAAAUCAAAAUUAAAAUAACUUUAAUUAUGUCAGUUAAAUUCAGCGAUAACUUUAGUGAUGAGUGUGAAAUUGAUAUGCAAGUACAGUAUUAUAUUUGGGUUAGUGGAGUAAUAUAGAUAUAUUAAGCAGAAACACAAUUGUCAAGCUAAUCAAAAUAAUUUGAAUUAUAGAAACAUGUUAAUCAAUGUGCUAUAUGUAGUAAUGGCAGAAACAUAAUUUAUAGAGAAUACAAGCUUAUGAACAUAUCUUUCACUCCUCCAGUUACAGUUGAUGUAAAUCCUAAAUCAAGGAAAGUAGCAACUUCUGUAGCACCAAGUGCUUUAUGUGAAAUACCUAGAUAUGGCAGCCAUAAAAAGUGGUGGUGCAUCUAACUAUCUAUGUAUUUUAAUACCAAAACCAGUAAAUGUGCUCUCUUUUCCUUAUUGACAUAGAAACAAACUUUGUUUAGCUAUGAAGCAUUGCAAAAGUAUAGUAAAAGAUUAAAAUUGAGAGACAAUUAACUAAAAUAAAAUGAUUCAUAGCCAUAUUUUGACGUUUUCCAUAUGAAAAGGAAAUAAUAAUUUUGACUGAACAAAUAUGCUGUUCUGAGUUCAGAGGGAAACAUAAUUAUUGUGGAGAUUAAAUAGUGCCGCCCCUAACUUAAUGCUGUGUUGACGCAAGAGUGAAAAUUGGAGAAAAUUGAGGUUAAGGUAUUAAAUUUUAGAGAUAGUGGUGGUGGGUAUAGCUGUUUAGAGCAAUAAAAUCUCCUUAAACAGCACUCCUUUAAUUAAUAAAAGUUUGACACUAAACAGGUAAAAGUAAUAUAAGGAAGGAAAAUUCUACUAUAUGUUAGAUAGAAUAUCCGUAGGUCAAACUCAAAGGUAAACUAAUUAUGUUAGUAAUUAAUCACAGGAAAUUUUUUUAAACAUUUUUCUUUUUGGUUAAGGGAAGAGGAUCGAGAAAAUCCACUGAUAUGAUUAGUAUAGUAACUAAGGCGGGAAGAAGAAAAGGAAGUCAAUGGACACUGCCUUUUCUCUCUUUAUCAGUAUAUAUACGUGUAGAAAUUUGUUUUAAUUAGUUCAUGUGGUUACUUUUGUUUUUGAGAAUAGAAUUAGAGGCAACAAGAAAUGACUUCAGGUGAUGCUUGUUUUUUUCUGGCACUGAGUAAAAGUGAGAGUUUUGAUUUGGAGAAAGUAGUGUGCAACCAUGGCUUUUUCAUGAUGGCCCCAAACCGAUGGCUGCCUGAAACCAAGACGCUGCAGCGCCCUUUACGUAUUCGAGAAGACACAAAGUCUGUUCUUAUUUCUAUCUCUCAACCUCUCAAUCACCAUCUUCGCAUUGUUGCUCAUGACAUUCAAAACCUCACUUCUGAAGAUCGUCAAACUAUGCUGAAUCAAGUGCGUCGAAUGCUAAGGAUAUCGGAAAAAGAUGAAAGGGAGGUAAAAGAAUUCCAAGAAAUGCAUGCUGAAGCCAAAAAGAAAGGGUUUGGUAGACUCUUUCGAUCUCCUUCCCUCUUUGAAGACGCUGUCAAGUCUAUUCUUCUCUGCAAUUGCUUGUGGAAGAGGGCAUUAAGCAUGGCUGAAGCUCUUUGCCAGCUUCAACCUAAACUUGCUUCUGAAUUAGCAUAUUACAUCUCAAAAUCAAAAAGGACAGGAAAAGUAUUCAUCCCCUGUCCAGUGCUGAAAGGUCAAAAGAGAAAAGAUGAGACACAGUCGAUUAUGCCUAACAAACGACUAAUAUUAGACUCCACAACUAAUUUUCCUACCUUGAAAGAAUUGGCUAUGGUAGAUGAGGAUUAUUUGAAGGAACAAUGUAAUCUUGGGCAUAGAGCCAAAAGCAUUAUUGAUCUUGUUAGAUGUAUUGAGAAUGGCAAACUAGAGCUUAAUAAAUUUGAUCAGGAUCCAUUGCCGUCGUACGAGAUACUCAGCAAGCAACUUUUGAAAGUCAAAGGUGUUGGUCGAUUUGCAUCUGCCAAUAUACUCAUGUGCCUUGGAUUUUAUCGUCAAAUUCCAGCAGAUAGUGAAACUGUGCGACUUGUACGAACGGUACAUGCCAGGGAAAUUUGCACCAGCAAGACCAUUGAAAAGGAUGUUAAAGAAAUUUACGAUAAGUAUGAACCAUUCCAAUGCUUGGCAUACUGGCUGGAACUCUUGAAUGACUAUGAGAAGAGAGUUGGGAAGCUAAGUAAGUUGCCUUACUCUAGCUAUCAAAUGGUUACUGGAAGCAUUAAUCAGCUGGAAAUGGCUGAAAUGAAGAAUUAAUAUUAUCCAUUUUUAGUUUUCAAUUAAAUUGUUUUGCUUUUUUUGUUUUUUCUUUGACUUCAAAUUUAGGCUGAGAAAUUUCAGUGGGGAUAGAAGAUUGAUCAUCAACAUGAACUAAUUAAUUAAAGUGCAAAUUAUUAUUAUUAUUAUUAUUUA